GAGGACACCGCCGCUUCGCUCAGCUCGCACCGACUCAUCGCUUUUUCUCUGCGGGCGCCAGGCUGCACAAAGCCGGAGGGAUGGAGACAGCGGGCGCGUACGGAGCCGGUAAGGCCGGCAGCGUGGCCUUCGAUCCGGUCGCAUUCUUCACGCAUCCCCGAACAGUGCUCAGACUGAUGUCGUGGGUCUUCUCCAUGGUGGUGUUCAGCUGCAUCGUGAACGAGGGCUACAUCAACAUCGGCAGCGAGCGGUUGCUCUGUGUCUUCAACAACAACGCUGAUGCCUGUAACUUUGGCAUUACUAUAGGCGUGGCCUGUUUCCUCGGCAGCAUCUUUUUCCUGAUCCUGGACGUUUACUUCCCCUCCAUCAGCAGCGUCAAGGACAGAAGACGUGCGGUCCUGCUGGACCUCGUCUUCUCUGGUCUUGCCACCUUUCUAUGGUUCGUUGGCUUCUGUUUUCUGGCCAAUCAGUGGCAGGCUACUUCCCCAGACGAGCUGCCAUUGGCCCAGGGCUCCGACGCCGCCAGAGCCACCAUCGCUUUCUGCUUCUUCUCCAUCCUGACCUGGGCUGUACUGACCCUGAGCGCACUGCGGCGCUUUCUAACCGGAAGCAACAGAAACUUGUUCACAUGGCAACACCUGGAACCUCCCCCUGGCAACGCUCGAGCCACACCGUACCCCAUCGCUAAUGGAGCUACCAUAGUAACCACUAACCCCUAUCAGGCUCCACCCUUCACUGAGACCCUGGACCCCCAGAAACUCACACAGCAGAGACCUGUGGCCCCUGCCUUCUAGAGACAGACAGAGGUGUGUGUUGAGUGGCUCUGCGUACGGCCAUACAUCCAUGCGUACGACGUGGGCAUGGACUAUAUCCUGCCUCGCUGAUAAAUGGUUUUCCACCCUCUCGUGGGAUUGGCAGGAUUGUGGGUCAUGUGACGAUGUAUGAGCUAUUUUCACCAUGGCAACUGCUGGCCCAGCUUAGUUAGUUGUAACUCUGUGUGUCGAGAAUACUGUCUUCUGUUAAUGCACACACACUCACACACACAGAUAUAGAUGCACGGAAACACAGCUGUACUCACUCAACACUGGAUAUAAACACCUGGAAACACAAAUGUAUACACACCUGGAGGCACACACACAAACACACAUACCCUGACUGCAUGUUCAUACGGUGAGGUGCAGAUUAACGUUAGAUGUAGAUCAGUGAUGAUGCUUCAUCUGAUUUAUGAAGGGAUACAAAGUAUUUUGUGAAGGAAGUAUUGAGGACAGUGAAGCUAUGUAGCUUCUGUUUCCUUCUCAGUCAGUCCGCCAAAUCCGAAACUGCCCUGCAGACAUGUGGCACCUGAUUGUCUGUUUUAGGAAAAGACAGGCAGCAUGACCAAUAGACUGGGUAGAAAUGAAUGAGGGGUAGCAGAAAUUGGUACAUUUUCUUGGCAAGAAAAUAAAGACAGGACAGCUUAAUGCAUUCUGAAUGCUAUAUGGUUUCAGUGUUAAAUAUUCAUGUGAUUACAUUUUUAUUGUGAUAUGAUGAAGUGGUAAAAUCAGUAUUGAAAAAUAAAAUCUAUCCACCACCGCUA